AUGCUGAAGUGGUUGGAAGGUGCGAGGAUCGGCGGCACCGGUGGAGACUUCGAGAGGGUUGCUGUGGAUGGCCAGAGGCUUGGCACUGAUAUUAUCCUGACUCGAACGGCUGUCUUCUUCGCGCUUCCUGCCGGAAUCGGGGAUCAGGGCGACGACCGAAGCUCCAGAAGGCUAGUUGAAGAGCCUCUAUCUUUAGGAUGGGGGCCAGAUAUAAAAGAUGGCUCCCCGUCUGUUCUGCAGAAUUACCCUUCUGCAUCUACUCGAGGCUUGACCCAUUUUCUAUUCCAAAAAGCCAAGUCUAUAUUCAAGGCAGCAGAUAUGGCUUUCGUGGUCAAGCUGCUGAGCUCGGGCCUUGGUUACACUUCAGAAGAUAUUCAUGUCGCCCGCGAUCGCUCGUCCAAAAAAACCUCCAAGUCCGCCGACUCGCUCGCGAACGAUGCUCAAGAGUACGCCGAGCUCCCUGCGGAUUCUACCCACGAUCUCAACCAGGACGAAGCGGUAUGGCAGAUUGAUGACAUGGCCGAGCAAAUGGAGCCUGAAACAAGUGAAGCAGAGUCGGGCACAUUACCUUCGGAAAACGAGCCAGAGGAUGCCAAAAUCAAGUGGAGGGAUGGACUUGUUCGUGACCUCGUUGCCAAGGCAGGCCCGCCUCCUCAAGAAUCACAGCGACUCCAGUGUCCUGUCAUCAUUCCUCAGGCUCGUCCCAGGGCGAGGGAUCGCGGAUUCGUUCGGGCCUAUGCUCCAGUUUUGGCCGACAGUGGAAUUAGUUAG